CCACCGGAUUGGCUGUUGCCGGGAUACCUGCUGCUCAGGAGGAAGUGAAAGUGCAACUUGUGGCUCCGCCUUCACAGAGAAAAGCCAAGAGCUUCUCUUCCUGUUGAGGCGUCAGGACUUUCAGGCAGGAGGAGGACAGAUGGAGGCUGUUGAGGAGGGUUUGACCAUGACUGGCCGGUCGGUGUGAAGGAUCUGCUGUAGACAGAGGAGGGAAAGUUCUGGGCUGGCAUGCUGCAUUCAGGUUUGUGCAGAUCUUGAUGAGCUGGAUCAGAAGUUCUUUAGAAGACCAACAUCCAGGACGAUGUUCUCUGAGGGAAACGCUUCAAUAGUUCUUCUCUCUGCAGAUGUUUCUCUGCAGCAUGACAGACGGGGUGAAUGAGGUCGGGGAGGUGAAGGUGUCCCACCUGCAGAUGGAGGAAGAGGGAGAGGACAGCGCUCCACCUGAACACAAGUGUCCCGCCCUGUGUGACGCUCUUCACGGCUCCAUCCAAGACAAAGAAAACAGUCCCAUGAUGAGAGCUGUUCUGUGCGCUCAGGUCUGUAAGCUGUACCGCUUUCAGACGGACGACCGCAGGUGGCUGCUGGUGAAGGAGCAGAUGUCCGAGACGCCGCUGUCGUUCUCUGUGCCCAAACAGCUACUGAGCGCGCUCGUUCAGGAGCUCACAAGCAGAGUCUUGGAUCUGAGGGAACUGGGACAGCUUUUGCCUCACUGGGACGGCCUCCGCUGUGAUGUCAUCAACCUCUGCAACCAUCUGAUUGGCUGUUACCAGGAAACUCUGACGGAGAUCGGAAAACUGUCAGCCUCUUCUUGUUUCAAGUCCAGCCUCAGUAAAUCUGACAGACAUCUUCAGUUCGUUCCAACCAACCUUCAUUCCCAGAGAAUGGAGGUCACCAGCCCAGGAAGUGCAGGUGUUUGGUAUGAGGUUGUCACGUUUGGUGCUCCAGCUGAUCACCACUACGGCUUCAGGCAUGGAGGGCUGAAGAGGAUUCUCUGUAAACACCGCAGGAGCAGCUCAGUCUCCUACUCCUCCGAUGAAGGCUGCAGAGCCAGGGACCUGCUGGUCAGUGUCACCCAUCUGCAGCCUCUCAUCUUCGGACUGGCAGAGGAGCUGCUCUCCAUCUCCCUGGAGCCGAGAGCCAACCGGCUGCUGCAGGUCCUGGAUGGCCUUUCUCAGCAGGUUCAUCGGUUCGUUCACGCACUGAAAGAUGAGCUGGUUAAAAGCGCCCUGCUGGACAUCCACAGUCAGUGCGCCUCCAACUGCAAUGACAGCCACGUCCACAGCAACGGGCUGCUGUGUGAGGGGUCUCCCCCUCAUCCGGAGCGUCUGGCGGAGGACGAGUACGACGAGGAGGAAUGGGACCUGACGUGGACCAAUGUGGCCAAAAGUCUCAACUGCAUCAUCGCCAUGGUGGACCGCUUGCUGGGACGGGAGCCCCAUCCUCAGGAGCAGCCGCCAGCGGAGCAGCAGGAAUACUCUGAGGACACAAAGUCUUACAACAAUGCGUCUCCUUGCUCCUCGUCUGAGUCCUCCUGGCAGGAGCAGCUGCUCCCACUGGUGAUCACCCUCAGGGAUUGCGUGCGCGAGGCAGUGGCAAAGGCUCGGACCGCCAUGACCUUCGUGGUCCUGCAGGAGGCGGUGGGUGCCACCAUGAAUCAGGGACCUGCCCAGAUACUCCACAGACGGCACGCCGUCUUCAGCCAGGCGCUGUCGGCGCUGGUUUGUGGCUUCGUGUUAAGGCUGUACGGAGGCCUGGAGGAUCCUGAGUUCCUGCAGCAGCUGCUCACUGUGGGAAUCCUGGUUCAGUUUGAAGGCCUGCUGAGCACCUACGGUGAGGAGCUCGGGAUGCUGGAGGACAUGGAAGUGGGCGUGGCCGACCUGAGGAGCGUGGCUUUCAAAGUCACGGAGGCUAAAACGGAGCAGCCAAAAGACCUGCUGCCGUUGCUUAGAGGAACAUGGGGAAGAUUUGUGGUCGAAGUCCCGUUGCCGCCUGAAACCUUCAGGUCGUUGCCGGAGGAGCUAAAAGCUGGACGUUUGAUACGAGUCGAACCCAUUCUGUUCAACAUUGGAAUCAACCAGCAACAGAGUCUGGCUGAGAGGUUUGGGGACAGCUCUCUGCAGGAGAACUUGAAUCUUCAGAGCUGUGAACGUCUCAGAGCUUACUGUAACGCACUGAGGGACGCUCUGCCUCGUAUGGCUGGUAUCCAGUCGCUGUCAGAGUCUUUGUCGUCUCUCGAUCGGAGCGUGGAGGCCAAGAAGCGGAAGAACGUGGAGGUGCUGUGGAUCGCAGCCUCGGUUUGUCGUUUGGUGAAUGGAAUCCGUCUGACGAGCUGUAAGAGCGCCAAGGACCGCACGGCGAUGUCGGUGACUCUGGAGCAGUGUCAGAUCCUCAGAGAGCGGCACUCCCUCAGCCAGCAGCACUUCAGCACCUCCCUGGACUGCAUGAGGAGGAACGGCUGCAGAAUGGAUAACGUCCAGAAGAAUGUGGGCAACCGGAGGUUUGCAUUCAGCGCCGUCCAGCUCCUCACCUUCCCCAGACUCUACAGGCCUCCAGACGGCAGCUACGGAUGACCACGACCACGUUGUCGAAGCAUUUUGUGUCACAGUGUCACUUUUAUUUAUUUAGCUCAUUUCGUGAGUGAUGCACAAUAAGACAAAGACAAUCAUAGAAAUAAUAAAACGUCAUGAAACAGAAGAACAAUCAGAUGAGAAAAUAAAAGGAAAAAGGCCAUGCAUUUCCUUGGAGGUAAAGUGUCACUGGACAGUUUGAUGUUUCAUGUUCUUCAUAAAGUUCCAUGACCGGGGUUCGGGCUGCUGAGGCACUCGCCACUUUACAUCGGCCCACAUAGCUCCUUUGGACUUGACCCGGCCGGAGCCACAAGGUGCUUGCCUACGAGCCCCAACACCAGGCCUGGCUCCAGGGUGAAGCCAAGAACACUUUGAACCGCCACCUUAACGUGGUGGAGGGAUAUUUGAGUGCUCGUCCCCCAGGACCUGUCUGCCAUGGGAGACCCUACAAGGAGCAGAAGCCCCAGACAGCAUAGCUCCUGGGAUCACUCGAGCACUCAAACCCCUUCACCACAAUAAGGUGGCGAUUCAAAGUGUUCCAGGCAUGUUCCACUGGGUGGAGGCCCCUGGGAAAACCCAGUAGACGCUGGAGGGACAACGUCUCGGGUGGUCUGGGAACACCUUGGGGUCCCCCCAGAGGAGCUGGAGGAAGUGGCCGGGGAGAGGAAAGUCUGGGCAUCUUUCCUUAGACUGCUGCCCCCACGACCCAGUCCAGGAUGAGUGGAAGAAGAUGGAUGGAUGGAUGGAUGGAUGUUCUUCAAAAAUGUGUUUAGCUUUUAUCACAUACCCAUAAAACUGUUGCCUGUUUGAUUCUGAACAUGCAAUACAUACUUGAAUCUCGGUCCCACAACUUGAGAGACCAACUGAAGAUGUACACCAAGCACAAGGAGACAGGGAUCAGGCUGUACAGACCCAACCAAAGUUUACUCUCAGAAACAAGACAAUGAAAUCCAACGGAGCAACAAAGAGACAGUACUGGAGAAAAGAUACAAGGCUUCCCUACUCCCCUACUGGCUCAGCAGAUGGUGGACUAUAGCAUCCCAGAAAAUGAUUCAGUGGGACAUCCCAUAUUGAGUCUCAGGAACGAUGAAUUGAAAGCUACCAGGCUCUAACUAUCUCUACCGCAAACCUAUAGGACUAACCAGUUGACAAAGUUGAACGUCCCAACAGAUCUCCAAAAGGGUUGUGUCCUGUCCAACUUCUACCACUGUGGUAUAUGUAUAUCUUAAUAGCUAGGAAGAGUUAUGAGGCAUAUAAAUCAAAACUAACUGAUCAACCUCUGUACUGGAAUGAUAACCAAGAUUUAACCGAUUCACUUCCUUAUUGAUCCAGGAGUUUUUGUGUUUCAACUGAACACCAAGAUCCUUCAUUGAUAACUACCCAAAGCUGUAAAAGGUACACUUGAAGGCCAACUCUCAGUCAUGUGCAUAAAUCUUGAAUAGUUGUGGCAUUUACUUACCCAAACCCUCCAGUAUUGAAGACGUCAAACUCUAUGGCAAGGCUAACCCCUUAGUCACAGGUGUUGUGGGUUCUUCUGUUGUCAGGACUCUUGGAGGGUCGUAGAAAGGAGCACAUCUUAAGGGGAGCGCAGUGUCAAGCAGUUUUCUUAAGGUUUAUAUGGCCACCUCAUGGGACAUCAAGAAAAUGUAACAUAUCAUUGUUGUAUGUGUGGUAAGUGUAUUGUAAAGUAUUUGUAAGGAUAAGGAUAAUGGAAGUUGCGCGGCCUAUGACAUUUGAGUGUUGCUGUCGUGUGGUGCCUUUACGCCACAUUCUAGUUCAGGGGUGGGCAAAUUACAGCCAAGGGGGCAUAUGUGGCCCUCUUAACUAUUUAAUCUAGUCCGCCAAGCGGGAAUAAAUUAUAAUAAUAAUCCUUAUUUGUUUUAUUUUCCCUACAUUAUUUUCCCUAUUGCGCUGUCUAAAAAUUUUUACCUUUGUUAAGGUGCAGGAAGUUAUUCUGCCUUUAUGUGGUGUUGGAAGAUUUGUCAUUUUUUGUGGGUUUUCUGAGUCGGACAGUAAUUUUUCUUAUCAUUCCAACACCCUGUGAACGUAACAUUUCUUUAAGUUUACGUUUUUCCCCAAAAAACAUCAAACCAUUGGUGCAAUUAGCACUAAAAUAAGAACUAAAGUCUCAGUUCUAUGGUAAAAUCCCCAAAUGUUCUGUUUUAUGUGGACUCUUUAAAGGGACAUUGAGGUAAAAAUAAUUUAAAUAAAAAAAUAAAAAAA